AUGCAACGCUUCGGUGUCUUCGGCCAAUGCCAAUUCGCCGCACGUCGAUUGACGCAGCUACGGUCUGUCGCACCGACGGCAGCGGCUGUCAUGAGAAUCUCAGCUAUAUCACAAAGGCCAUUCACUACCUCUUAUGCUUGUCUAUCCAAGCCAAAGGGCUCACUAGGUGUCAACCCAAAUCAAUAUGAGGAGCCCACCGACCUGUCACGAAAGCUGUUUUCCGAGUUUGCCUUUGCAUUUGAUAUUGACGGGGUCCUAUACCAAGGCCGCAACAGAGUGGAGGGAGCUGAGAAAGUCAUCAAGAUGCUCAGAAGCAAUGGCAUCCGAUAUGUCUUUUUGACAAACGGUGGUUGCGUCCCUGAAGACAAAAAAGCAGAGACUCUUCAAGAAAGACUCCAGAUCGCCAAGAACGACGAUGUGGUAAAAGGCAGGAUGAUUCUGUCCCACACGCCAAUGAGUGGCUGGAGUGACGAUGUCAAGAACAAUGGCACUGUCUUAAUUACAGGUUCUCAUCCUGAAAAAGCUCGUCAGAUUGCUUUCGGGUACGGGUUCAAGCGUGUUGUCACCCCGGCGGAUAUCCUCGCCGAGUGCAAGGACGUGUUCCCCUUUGAGCAUAUUGAGGGCGAGAUCAAUGGCAGGCCGACACCAUUGCCAGAUGGCAAGCGAAUUCCUUUGCUGAAGGACCCUUAUACAACCAAUGUCCCUGCCAAUGCUCUUAAAAUUGACCACAUUUUCAUCUGGAACGAUCCAAGGGACUGGUCCGUUGAUAUUCAGAUCAUCCACGACCUUUUAAUAUCUCAUCAAGGCUACAUCGGGACUGUUUCGAACCGAAAUGGAAAUGAGUCUCUGCCCAACAAUGGCUGGCAGCAAGAUGGUCAACCUGGACUAUGGAUCUCCAACCUUGAUAUGCUAUGGAAAACAAACUAUCCUGUGAACCGAUUUGGCACGGGAGCAUUCAUGGAAGCGCUCAAGGGAGUUUGGUCAACGACUACCAACGGAACAGAACUGCAGUUCAGCGCACUCGGCAAACCAUCCAACCAUACGUACAAAUACGCUCAUGAUAGGCUGCUACAGUACUACCAUGAUAUGGCUUGCAAUCGCGGUCAAAGCCCGGGGCAUGAUACAUCCAAAUGCCACCCUCUUCGACGCGUUUACAUGAUUGGCGACAACCCAGAAAGUGACAUCCGGGGUGCUAGCGAAUUUGAAGCGGAGGAUGGUACCGAGUGGGUUCCAAUUCUUGUACGAACUGGCGUCUGGCGACAGACAUCGACCGAAAAGGAGCCUCGAUACAAACCGGCCGUCAUCGUGGACGAUGUAGUAGAUGCUGUGGUUUGGGCGCUUAACAACGAAGGCAUCAAGGCCACCAGGGAAUGGGUACUUUCUUCUCUCUCGCACACGAAGGGUUACGUCAAGCUGCCGCCUCUGGAGAUUGGAGAUCAAGUUAGCCUCGAAGAUGGAGUCAAGUACCCAACAUUGGUUAAGCCAAUUGUGCAAGCCCUGGCUGUUCGAGAAUCUAACGAUAAUGGCCAGAAGGAUACCAUUGAUCUUUCUCUCCGGGGCUUGGCCAAGAAACUCGUCUGCCACAGACCAGAAAAGAUACACACGGAAACACUCGUGUUCGACGGAGACAAGUUUCCGAAUCCCGUGGACUAUGCCCAUGCCUUAUUGACUAGGAGGUUGUACAAAUGGCUCAAGACGGAGAGCAAAGAAAAUCCAAGGCUGGUACGGUCUUCUCAGAUAUCAUCGACUUCCCUUCGAGAACGUGGAGCAGCGCGCAUGAGCAAACGAAAAUCGGAUCAAAGUCAAGGUUUUAUCAUUUACGACACAGACGACGGCGAGUAUCCGGGUGACUAUCUAAGCGAUGAUGUGAUUGAAUCAAUUGAAGACGACAUCGAUUUAAGUCACAAGGGAGCCAGUUCAGAACAAGAUUCUGAAGAUGAGGGGAUAGACGAAUGUACCCGUCAGACAUCUACAUAUCGGGAACUUCGACGUCCUGGACUUACUAGGCAGAGCCCACUGGGUGACAGGGAAAUCCCCAGGACGCCUCCAAGAAACCACGGUUCAAGAUAUCGCAACAUUUAUUCCAGAUCACCAGGCCCGCUAUCAUACCCAACACCCACAAACGAUGCAUGUCUUACUUCACCAGGGUCUGUCACCUCGCCUGAUCCUAGUGAGAUCUUCACACCAUAUUCGACAGCCUCGACACCACAUUCUGCUUUCAGCACCGAGGGGUGCGAAACUCCACGAUCUUCUUUUCGCCAGAGCUGCUACAAUGAAAGACACAUGGAGAGCCCAACGCGCAGAAGGAUGCAGACAGAUAUUGACCUUCUUUCAAGCGAUAUGAUGAGGAAAAUGAGACUCAGCGUAGACGACUUGGGUGACCACAAUGAGGAAGCUGAAUCAGAAGCGGAGUCAUUGCGAUCUCGUCGCUCCAUGACCUUCGAUGACACGGAGAAAUCGCCAGUCCAUAAUAUCAUGAAACUCUUGGCAAGGUCAGUUUCGAAAGACCGGUUGGGAUCUGGGUGUGUAUAUUGCUUCGCCGAAAGGUCAAAGCCUGGAUUCCUCAAAAUUAGAUACGUAAGAUGCACCGAGUUCAGCAAGUCUUAUGCGAUUGAAAGGAGGAUGAAGCAAUGGAAGCGUGACUGCAAACAUGACGUGGUCCUAAAAUUCGAUGCCUUCAUUCCAUGUGCUGCUAAGAGGAUAGAGACAUUGAUCCAUCAAACUUUACACGCACAGAACAUGAAGGCCUCUUGUCCGAACAAAGCCUGCCAAAUGAAGCACAAGGAAUGGUUCAAGAUAGAGGAAGUUGAGGCAUACCGAGUUAUCGAUAUCUGGCAACAGUUCAGCGAGUUGAAUCCCUAUGAUGACAAGGGCGGUUUAGGUGAUCAUUGGGCCCAAUACAAACUGACACAGCUAGACAAUGGGUGUCUCUGGGAUGCCAAAAAGUGGUUGGCCACAGAAUGGGUUAAGUUGAUCACAGAGGCUGUCGAAGCCUUGAUGCAAGAAAAGCAGAGAGCCGUGGAGAAAGAGAUGGGACAACGUCUAGCUGUGUUAAGGAAGGCUCAAGAACGAAUUUUGAAGUAG